UUGCCCAUGUCAGAGUCCAACGCCUCAGACAGCACACCGCCUGCUGUGUUAGGUCUCAGUGGUGGUGGCUGGCUAUGCACCAGGAAUUCAUGGACGGGGCUGGAUGGUUUUUGUAAAGAUGUUAAGCAAAGACUUCAUUCCUUCUAGGCGUCCCAGGGUGGGGUGUGGGUGUGACGGUGUCAUGGGGGCCGGCCCUCAUGAUUGAGUUCAGGCAGGCAUAUAAGCAGAGGAAAUGGGACCAGAGAGACACACGGGUGCGGACCUCUCCCUCAUCUGCUAGCAGCUGCGCCUCCUGUCAUUUCAGGACGCCUCGGUCCUCCUGGGCACAGAGCCGAGAGUCCAGAUAAACCUGCGUGGGCCGUGGAGGGUGGGAAAUGGCGGAGUACUUGGCCUCCAUCUUCGGCACCGAGAAGGACAAAGUCAACUGCUCGUUUUAUUUCAAAAUUGGAGCAUGUCGCCAUGGAGACAGAUGCUCUCGACUGCACAACAGGCCGACGUUUAGCCAGACCAUCGUCCUCCGGCACAUGUACCGCAACCCUCAGAACCCUGCCCAGUCUGCCGACGGUGUGCGCGGUGCCCUGAGCGAGGCCGAGACGCAGCAGCACUAUGAGGAGUUCUUCCAGGAGGUGUUUACAGAGAUGGAGGAGUACGGGGAAGUGGAAGAGAUGAACGUCUGCGACAACCUGGGGGACCACCUGGUGGGGAACGUCUAUGUCAAGUUUGGCCGUGAGGAAGAUGCGGAAAAGGCCCUGGUGGCCGUGAACAGCCGCUGGUUUCACGGGCAGCCGAUCCACGCCGAGCUGUCUCCCGUGACGGAUUUCAGAGAGGCCUGCUGCCGCCAGUACGAAACGGGAGCGUGCGCGCGAGGAGGCUUCUGCAACUUCAUGCACCUGAAGCCCAUCUCCAGGGAGCUGCGGCGGGAGCUGUAUGGGCGCCGGCGCAGGAAGCACAGAUCCAGGUCCCGGUCCGGGGCGCGGCGUUCGCGGUCUAGAGACCCUGGUGGCAAGAUGAAGACGGAGCGGCGCAUGAAGAAGCUGCAUGAGGAGGGACUCCUAAAGAAGAUGAGCUCCAGUGACACACCCCUGGGCACCGUGGCUCUGCUCCAGGAAAAGCAGAAGGCCCAGAAGAGUCCGUACGUUGUGCUCAGCGGUAGCAGCAAGAGCGUGAACUCGAACUCCGUCACCCUGUGA